UGAUGUAUCGUAUUCCCAUGAGAGGCUACUAGAAGGAACAUUUUGGGAAGGAGAGAGCUGUAGUAUUUCUGUAACUGGAAAUGCUGACAAAAUUAGCUAGGAAGAAUUCACAAAAAAAUGUUUCACUGCACAGGAGAACUGAGGAGUCUCAAGAUUCUGAUAAGAACAUGAAGGCUAAACUGUAUUUUUGCACUUUUUUGUCCCCUUCCCCAUGUAGGUAAUGCAUAAUGUCUUCCUACUCUUGAAAGGAUCACCAAUUUGAUGAUGCAGGUAUGAGAAAAGCUAAUUAUGUACCUGCUCCAUGCAAAUUGUUAAAACACGUGCCUAUGCAGAUACAUGUGUGUAGGCCAAGUGUUUCUCUAAUUAAUGCUCUGUUCUUAUUCUCCUCACAUGUGUUAGAGGCAGAAAGACUUCAAUGAGACAAAGCAGUGGCACAAUCAAAUCAUCAGAUUUAUUAGCUUUCUGGGCAGCUUUUCCCAUUAUGUAAAAGCUGUGUUUGUAUUAGUAUAGCAGUCAGACCCACCAGUGUGAGGAUUACAGUUGGUUUUUACAUAAUGGAUUAUCCAAGAUUAAGUGUUUUAUUCAGGCACACGAGCAAAAAUAACCAAUUAGUGACUUUGUAGAUUCCUUAUUUAAAGGGAGCUGGAGGGCAAUUGACACAAAACCCUCCUGCUACCUGCAGUCCAAAGACUGAAGCAGAGUAGUCUCAAGGAUCUCCAACAUCUCCACUCAGCAGGUAGGUCUCUCUUCAGCAGAGGUGGAUGAGACUGGCAUAUCUUGCAGCAGAGAAAUGCAGCUUGCAUGGCAGCAGCUAGGAACAGCCUAGUGUUGCUGCAUGGGUGUUUGGGCUCUGGGUUGGGAGCUCAGCUUGAAUGGUGCUGACAAGUGUUAGAUAACUGUUUUAUCUUGGCAUUAGGACAGGUAUUCAGUGUCAAAUACUCUGCAAGAAUGUGUAAUGAAGGUUCUCUCUUCCUGAAGUCUGAGAAACAAAUAUGCUGGCAUAUGGAUGAGGUGGGAUACCCCAGGAGAAAAACAGCCAUGAUCACCUAGUGGUUGUGGUGCAAUGACAGAUUAAGCCUCUAGAAAAUUAAUAUUAUUUGUCAUGUUUGUUGAAGGAAUGGUCAGAGGGCAGCCAAUACCAAGGUGUGUUAUGCCAUUAGAGUAGGCACCCAGAAGAGGCCUGUUUUGGUGAGCAGAACUGGAGAUAAAGAACAUGGCUUUGCUGGCUUGAAAGCAAAGUGGACACUCACUGUGAAAUAAUUAGAAACAACAUCUUUACAAUGUACAGUGCUUUACCAGAGCUCAUCAGAACAUUUUUCUUGCUGCAAAAACAAAAUUCAAAACAUUUCAAUUUUUUACCAAAUCUUACUGACCUUAUCCAUAGUCUGGCUUGAUUUAUAAUGCAAAAAUACAAUGAAUUGCAUUACUACUUCUGGCAAGCAAAAUACUUCUCCAAAGUAAUUGCCAUCGAUGUUCGGUUUUGGCUGAAUUUAGGCACCACAAUUACUUGGUAUCAAUGGAAGAGCUGGUUGUCACUAUCAAUGGAUAGUAGUAUGGGAAAAAACUAGUCUUAAAUGGUGGAAAUGCAUCUGUAGCACUAUCUACCUCCAUCUACUGCAUGAAAUAAACCCCCAUGUUUGCUUUUGUCUUGCAGAAUGAAAUACGCACAGUAUGUUUUCCUGGCCUCGGUCUUCUACACUGUUGAAUAUAGCCUAGCUCAGACCUGUGCAGUGGAUUCUUUCUCUGUGAAAGACAAUUUUGAUCCAAAAAGGUAUGCAGGGAAAUGGUAUGCCCUGGCCAAGAAGGAUCCAGAAGGCCUUUUCCUUCAGGACAACAUCUCUGCUGAAUACACUGUGGAGGAAGACGGCACAAUGACAGCAUCCUCCAAAGGCCGAGUGAAGCUUUUUGGUUUCUGGGUGAUCUGUGCUGACAUGGCUGCUCAGUACACGGUACCUGACCCAACCACUCCAGCAAAAAUGUAUAUGACCUACCAGGGACUGGCCAGCUACCUCUCCAGCGGUGGGGACAACUACUGGGUGAUUGACACUGACUAUGAUAACUAUGCCAUCACCUAUGCCUGCCGCAGCCUGAAGGAGGACGGCUCCUGUGAUGAUGGCUACUCCCUGAUCUUCUCGCGCAACCCCCGUGGCCUCCCCCCAGCCAUCCAGCGCAUUGUGCGCCAAAAGCAGGAGGAAAUCUGCAUGUCUGGCCAGUUCCAACCUGUGCUCCAGUCAGGUACUUCAGCCUAAUUAGCAAACUCACUGAGUUGCACAGUAGGUGAUUGCAUUUGCUGUUAAUGUGACAGAACUACAGCAAAACACAGCUGUUCUUUUUUAGUAACCUUUUCCUCAUGUUAGAUCUAGUAGGAAAAGAGCUACAAAGGGAAAUCCAUAAAAGAACAAGAGCCUGCUACAGGCUAGUUCUGCAGCCUUAAGAUUGCAACUUACCGGAAUCCUGUGUGUUGAACCUGGUACACUACCAGAUGAAGAUCAGCCUUGUUACUGUAGUAGACAGUACAGGGAUGGAUGCAACAAGCCGGGGUUUCUGCACCUGGAAAUCCUUGUCCUGGCCACUUGCAUAAUAGCGUCUUACCAUGGGUCCAUGCAGUGUCCCUCAGGAAAAGAUGAAAAGGUGCCUCCAGGAAGGACCAUUCUCACCCUCAGUUCCAUCAUGACCUGUGUCCUGUGUGGUCUGAGUAGCAGGGAUGAGGGGCUCUGAGCAGCAUUUCUGACUGUGUCAGCUGGCAGUGGGAGUCAGCAGCUGCUCCACAUACAUGUAAACAGACCAUGUUUAAAGCCCAUUUUGGGAACAUUUUUCUGGAGGUACAGGAAUUGAUCUUCUAGUUCAAAUGCUGCCCAUGAAAUAGGCGGACAUAUUUUUAGGGCUCUGCAGAAGGCAGAAAUUCUUCUUUGCUGGCAGUUGAGGACUCACACUCUUCACAACCUCACCUACUUGGUCAGAAGUUGACCCCUUACCAAGCCACACAGCACAUGUGCUCUGCACUGUGGCACAAGGAAUGGCAGCUAAAACCUCCUGAACAGCACAUUGUUGUGUCAGCCAGUCCUCCACUACAGAGCAGGUACUGGCAUCACCCAAGGCCAUGGCCUGGGCAUCCCUGCCCCAUAGUGCUCUGUACCGCUCCCUGUAGCAGAGGGAAGGCAGCUGGUUUGCAGGGUCAUGGAUUGGUCCUCAGGAAAGCCAAAAGCCCAUGGCUAGCUAGGAAAGGCUGCCUGUGUCUGUGCCAAUAGACAGAGAGAAAUGCAAACUUUUGCACCCUGCCCCCUAGUCUUGUACUGUGAUUCAGAAGUACCCCAGGAGGGUUGUAAUUACAGCUUCAGUGGAGAUUUAAUGGCUAUUAAAGCCCUUUGCAAAUUUACUUACACAGACUAAAGUUUACUUUUCUUUCUUUCCAGGGGCCUGCUAAAAGUAUGCUUCUGAUCCUAUCCUUAAGCACAGAAACCAGACCUCUUGGUCUUGAAGUUGCCACUCAACUAAUAAUUUUAAAAAAUCAUAGUAUGGAAUAGUGUGUUUUUUCUGAAAAACACAUGAAAAUAUUGGGGGAUCUUUAAACAGUGUGCAAUAUAAUAGUGAUAUUUGAAUUUCCAAGGGAAUACCUAAUGUGGCAUUUGUCAAUAAAUGUUUUGGAAAAAAAGGCAUGUCUGAAACUGGUUUUUAUUGCCUGUUGUCCUGUCUGUUGGGGAAGCACUGAGGAUGCUCACUGAGGAGCAGUGAGACAGCAGCAAGGGUGUUCCCAGCACAGGUGGAGCAGUGUCACUCCCCAGCUCUGAACAGGGCAGGCAGGGCAAGGAUGGUGAGAGGGGCACCUGACAGCCCUGACAGGGCUGAUUGUCGGACACCAGCAUGGUGACAGGGUAAACUCUAGGAUUCACACAGAAAGUCCAGCCAGUAAGGGCAGCAAGGCACAGGGCACUAUGCAGGCACAUCACUGAGACAGCUCCAUCCAAAAACAGGACUAAAGAGCACAUCUGAGGCAGAGCUACCUGCAGCAAAGUUCCCAACGGGAGAACCACAAAUGCAAUAAAACAGAUGCUACUUUCAAUGACAGUGGACAAUGCUUUAAAUGAGCAGGUGCUUGCAUUUCUAAUGGCAUUAACAGUAAUUUGCUCCUCUCUGCCUUGAUUAUCCAGUUUUCAGUAUCUGAAAGGUAUAGAACUGAAAGAUAUAGCAUGGACUGGGUUUAUGGCAAAGAAUUUCACAGACAGAGAAAGCCAAAGAAGAGUACCUGGAAAUCUCCACGUAGAAAAAGGGUAACCUGAGUCAGUGUUAUUGACAUGCAUUUUCCACUGCUUUUAGUAAAACCACAUUCACCUUGUGUUUCCUAAUAAUAAAAAUCCGGUCUAGAACACCCCAGUAUCUUGCUGAACCCUGCAGUUUAUUAACUACACAAAGUUUUACAAGUCAUAAUUACCAAGCACUGAGGUAAGACCAAGCUGAACAGCCCCUGCCCCUGAGGCUUCAAAAAGGUGUGUGGAACAAGGCUGAUAUUGACUGAAGACCCUCAGAACACUACAGUGUUAAACAGCUGCAAGAUGCUUGCUCAAUCUUAUCCACAGUAACCAGAAAGAGUAUGGAAAGCAGAGACACUCUCCAGGACCACAGACAUUAUCCCAGGGAUGCAGUGAAGUCUCUCAAACUUGUAUUUCCCACAAUUUCCUGGCAAUACUCGUAAGGCUCUCAACCCGCUUGAACAAACAUGUCCUUGCUCCUCAGGUCUAGGGAAAGUUACCCUGACAGAGAACAAGAUUGGGAGCUACCACCUAAAGCUAAGGACAGAAACAGAGGAGCACUAGCAGGCAAUGCUAACAAAACCCCAUACAGACAGAGAACUACUCAGUGUUGAAAAAAUAUCAGCCUUUUCUGCUGGACUAAGUGCAAGGUCAGUGCAUUGACUGAAUGUUCUCCACUUCCACCUUUCUCCCAGCAGGAAGUAUUGGGGUGGAAUCUGUGACCUUAGGACUUGUAUAACAACUGAUUAGACAGCACUAACCCUUAGCUGAAGAAGCAUGGCCUUUGGCCAAAACUGUCAGACCAACACUACAAGAAGUGGGAUUUUUUAAUGUCUGUGGUUAUACUAAUUGUAUGACCAGAGCAGAUGAGAGUUGUAGCAACAAGAUACAAACAAUAUGCAGGACCCAGUGCAUCUGCUUGGUGUAGUCUGUCCAGACAAGAUAGGCAGUGCAAUUCCUCUUUAGCCACACGAGGCAAAGCCUGCAGGAUCACAGAAAUAUAGAGGUGAUUCUGGUUGAAUACACCAUGGUUGAGUUCACGUGCCCCAGUAAUUGUACUUGGGGGGGAGUAUGUCUCCAUCAGGACCACAAGCAAGUCCUCAAUGUAUGAUGUGGUAAGUUAAUGAACAGAUGGGAGCUACAUCAUAUCCAUUUGUCUCUAAUGACUGCAGGAAAUGUGAAAGACAAGGUAGGAUACGCAGGCAGUCAUGAGUGUAUGCUGAUGAGACUUACACUACUCUUGAAAUUCUCUUGAGUUCAACAUGAAACACCUCAGGUACAUCUACAGGCAGACAUCUGUCUGCUGUUUGAGCUGGUUGAUGAAAAGCAGUCUGUUAUUCCUGGGUUUUAAGAGCGUGUAUAGGUCCCAAGUCAUAAUCUCUAUCCUGCACAAACUUUCCACUAACAAGACAAAAUAAAAAAAUUGUUUAUACAUUAAAAGGACUGUUGUUUUGUCCUCAGAAGGUCCUUUAGUGCUGGCAGAAAGAAUAUGACUGUGCAACAGCAGGAGGGACUCUGCAAGGAUAUUGUCCUUCAAACACCAGUGAACCUCCCCCAGCAAGGACACUGUGAAUCCUGAGAUCAGAGACUAUGAUACCAUCUUGAGUUAGACCAGUUUUCCCUGGGCUGUGGUGACUGAGACAAUCUAUGCAUUUAGGUUUCUACUUCAGCCUCGACAUUUUUUAUGUUUCAGUUACAUGUAAUGUUGGAAUUUCCCCAAGUCGAGCUAUUUUACCCCUUGUGGUGGUAGUCACAGUGAGCAGCUGCAUGGUACCUGGUCGCUUGCUGGAGUUCAAAUAUGACAGUCCUUGAGAACAGUCUUUACUUUAAAGAUUAAGUUGAAAGUAGAGCUGUAAGCAGUUUCUACAACACAAUGAUCAGAUCUUGUUUUUACAUGGUUCAUGUGAAUGAUUAAUAACCAGUUUUAUUUGCUCUCACAAAAGAUGGUAACAAAUGUAGCAUAUACACAAUUAGACAAUGUAAAAUACUCAGCUGAAAGGUUCUUUCAGUUGCAAAAUGGUUAUAUAGCCUCACAAGCUUUUGUUUCAAGCACAGGCAAAAAAUUCCAUGUUGCAGUUACAUAUUCUUAUUUGGACUAAUGAACAGCAAAAGACAUACAUGAGCGCUCUGCAGCCUUGCUUUGGUUAUGAUACUACAGAACUACUAAGCACCUGCUAUUCACACUUGGUGCUAUGGAUACUUGGCACUUCUGAAAA